UGGUCCCAAGGUGGGAGACGGGAACCUGAGAUUGGUGGAUCGGGCAGCCUGGCCAAAGAAGGGGGAGAUGCGAUAGUCGACUUAGGCGCCGAGGAAUUAGCGGACCGCAGGCUUGGGAAUCGGGAUCGGAAUCGGAAUCUGCGCUCAGGGUCUCAGGGUCUUUGGGGUCUCAGCUCAGAGCGGUCCUGGGAAUGCAGGCGAUGGAUUCGAUUCGCGAUGCGGCGGCGGCUCGAGACCAGGAGCAGCCGCAAACCCGGGUCACCACCAGCCGGCAGACGGAUACGCCUGUGUUGAGAAGCGACUGGACCGACGAAACCUUAGAGGCCUCGUCGGUAACCCCCACCACGGUACCCGAUGCUAGCCAUGGCAACUCUGCACAUGCCGCCAGCAGUUCGGUGCCCGUCCGCUCCCCAAGUGUCUCGUCGACCUGGAGCACCCACUCGGAGCGUCACCCAACCCAUGGCAAUGGAAAGGACCCGGCCGACCGCGUCUUUCCCAUCCGCUCUGUCGUCAGCGUCGACCUAGCGGGGAGGACCUCGAGCGAACAACAAGAAAACCGUAGGCGCCUGUCACUCUCGGAAAGUGUGGGGAGCGCCUUUGGAAUCAGCUUCAGUCCCAAUCCGUCGCCGACGCCGGCAUCGAGGCCACAGUUUAAUAGCCUUGCCAGUCGCACUACGAGCCCACCAGCCGCUAUCGGCUCAAUAGCUGCCCCUUUCAUGGAAGCACGACGGUGCCGCUUGAACACUAUGUCCGGGCCCAUGUCCAGCAUCCAGGCCGAUGCAGAAAGGCACGGAAGAGUGACGCCAAUGCCCUUGAACCUCGAUGACUCGUCUGGAGAGUCUGACCCGGACGAGGACCCGCACAGCCAGGUUGGAGGGAGCUCUAAUGGUCGCAGAUCUCCAGCCGACCUCUUUACCGAGUCCUUCUAUGCACCGAGGUUCAAGCAUGUACUGACAGACGAGGGCCAUGCCGUCAUUACCGGAAGAGAUGGGAAAUUGCAGAGGUGUGAGGAUGAGCCGAUCCAAGCACCAGGUGCCGUUCAAGGCUUUGGCCUGAUGCUGGCCCUCCGGGAAGACGAGGACGGCCAUCUGCAGGUUCGAUAUGUCAGCGAGAACUCGAAAAGAAUAAUUGGAUACAGCCCCCAGGAGCUGUUCCGGCUGACCGACUUCCUGGAAAUCUUGACGGACGAGCAGGCAGAUAACCUCCUAGACCACAUUGACUUCAUUAGAGAUGAGGACGCCGACCCAGCCAUCAAUGGACCAGAAGUCUUCAGCCUAUCUAUAAGGCUUCCGAAGAGGCCGCGAUCUAUAAAACUCUGGUGCGCCAUCCACACAAACCCAUCUCACCCUGACUUGGUAAUAUGCGAAUUUGAGCUGGACGAUGACCACGAUUACCCCCUGCGUCCACCUGGCGAAGACACGCCAGACCUGCCUGAAGAUACUUUGCAAUCAAACCCCACCACGGAGGAGCUUACCGAAAGCACUGAGAUAUCGAGCAAGCCCCUGAGGGUGUUGCGUAGCGCCCGCAAGAGGCGAGGAGAAGCCGGUGCCAUGCAGGUCUUCGACAUCAUGAGUCAAGUUCAAGAGCAGCUGGCGAAUGCGCCAAAUCUGGAGAGGUUCUUGAAAAUCCUAGUCGGUAUCGUGAAGGAGCUCACCGGCUUUCAUCGGGUCAUGAUAUAUCAGUUCGACUCAUCAUUUAAUGGGAAGGUGGUCACUGAGCUUGUCGACCCAUCGCAAACCAGGGACCUCUACAAGGGGCUGCACUUUCCUGCCACAGACAUCCCGAAACAAGCCCGUGACUUGUACAAACUCAACAAGGUGCGGCUGCUCUACGAUCGCGACCUGGAGAGCGCGAGACUGGUUUGUAGGUCUGUCGAGGAUCUUGAUGUUCCGCUAGAUAUGACACACUCAUAUCUCCGUGCCAUGUCGCCCAUACAUCUCAAGUACUUGGCCAACAUGGCUGUGCGUUCGUCCAUGUCAAUUUCGAUCAAUGCCUUUGGCGAUCUUUGGGGGCUAAUAGCAUGCCACUCCUACGGCGCCAAGGGCAUGCGCGUGUCUUUUCCUGUAAGGAAGAUGUGCCGUCUGGUCGGCGACACCGUGUCAAGGAACAUUGAGCGUCUUUCCUACGCUUCGCGCCUCCAGGCCCGGAAAUUGAUUAAUACGGUACCAACGGAUAAGAACCCUUCAGGCUAUAUCAUAGCUUCUUCGGACGACUUGCUCAAGCUCUUUGAUGCCGACUUUGGCAUGCUGUCAAUCAGGGAGGAAACCAAGAUUCUGGGCAAGAUUGAACAGUCCCAAGAGGCGCUAGCCAUGCUGGAGUAUUUACGCCUCCGCAAGUUCACCUCCGUCGUCAUGACCCAAGACAUAAAGGUCGAUUUCCCCGAUUUGCGGUACCCGCCAGGGUUCACCGUUAUUGCGGGUCUACUUUACGUUCCCCUCAGCGUGGGCGGCAAUGACUUCAUCGUCUUCUUCCGCAAGGGGCAAGUCAGGGAGGUCAAAUGGGCCGGAAAUCCGUACGAAAAAGUUAUUCGAGAAGGAACGUCUUCCUAUCUCGAGCCCAGAAAGAGUUUCAGGGUCUGGUACGAGACUGUCUUGGGCAAGUGCCGUGACUGGUCUGAAGAGCAGAUCGAGACGGCAGCGGUGCUUUGCUUAGUCUAUGGCAAGUUUAUCGAGGUCUGGAGACAAAAAGAGGCGGCAUUACAGAGCAGUCAACUAACGCGCUUGCUGCUGGCAAACUCGGCACACGAGGUCCGAACGCCGCUCAACGCCAUCAUCAACUACCUCGAAAUAGCGCUCGAGGGCUCGUUGGAUCAUGAAACCAGAGAUAAUCUGGCCAAAUCUCACUCUGCCUCUAAAUCCUUGAUCUACGUCAUCAAUGACUUGCUAGAUCUUACCAAGACCGAGGAAGGGCAGGAGCUGAUCAAGGAUGAGGUAUUCGAUUUCUCCGCGUGCAUACGAGAGGCGACUGAGCCAUUCAAGAACGAUGCGAGGCGGAAGGGCAUUGCGUACGAGGUCAUUGAGCGCCCGGGAUUGCCUCGGUUUGUCUGUGGUGAUCAGAGACGUGUACGGCAGGCGGUGUCAAAUGUCACAGCCAAUGCCGUCCAGAACACCUUUCAGGGGUCGGUCCGAGUUGAGUUGUAUGUGGCAGAGGUGCAAGAUGGACGGGCUUGGGUUGAGAUCGUUGUGCAAGAUACCGGUCAGGGUAUGAGCGACACCAAGUUAGAUGCCCUUUUCAGAGACCUAGAGCAAGUGAGUACUGAGCUCGACGGCGAACCCUUGCUAGGCGGAGAGUCUCCCGAAGACAGGCCAAAGCAAGGAAGAGCACUCGGUUUAGGGCUGGCAGUGGUGGCAAGAAUUCUGCGCAACAUGGACGGCCAGCUUCGUCUAAAGUCUGAGGAAGGGAAAGGCUCGAGGUUCGUCAUUCAGCUGCCGUUUGACCUCCCGUCAAACGGCUCGAACCUGGGCAGCACGGACGAGAUCGGGGCUGCGACGCCGAUUGCUACGUCUAGCGCUACCUCGGUCUCGACGGGAAAGCCCAAUCGCCGCGAUGGAGAGGUUACGCUGAUUGACCGCCCCAAGCCUUCUUCACUAAACAGCCGCCGCGCUUUGAGUCCGCAAAAGAGCUUUGAUGAGACCCGAAGUGUCUCUAGCCGACGCAGCGUCGGGAGCAAAGGCAGUGGCAAGAGCACGUUUAGCGACGCGGAGCGAUUGAUUGACGCGAUCCAGACACCUCUUGCCCUUGGUGAGCCAGAUUCGGAAAUUGUUGCUAGGCAAAGACACAGUGCCCACGGACCGUAUUAUAACCCGACCUCGACCGAUGCGGGGCGAGGAGCACGUUCAAGUAGUCCGACCGGUCAGCCUAAUAGGCCAACAAAGCCUUCGCGUUCCGGAUUAGCCCCGGGUCACGCAACUAGCAACUCACAGAGUUCACAGGCAGGAAUCCAGUACAUUACAGACUCCAAAGUGCCGAUAAAGCCGGUGCGGAUACCUGACGAAUACCACGAUCAACCGGAACAUCCGCAAACAAGCGACACUUCGCGCGUUCUCUUCGAGCUGCGGGACGAGAACAGCUAUCACAAGAGUGGCGCUGCCACAACCUCACGCGGGCAGCCAGCGACGCCAGUAGGUGCCAAGCCAGUGCCAGCCAAGCUACAAGUCUUGGUUGCAGAGGACGACCCCAUCAACGUCAAGGUCUUGCGGAAGAGGCUAGAAAAGGCCGGGCACAAGGUUUCCCAUGCAUUGAACGGCGAAGACUGCGCGACUAUGUACCGAGAGAAGGCCAGUCUCUUUGACGUAGUAUUAAUGGAUAUGCAGAUGCCGAUUGUGGACGGCCUUAUUAGCACCAAGAUGAUCAGGGCGUUUGAGCAAUCCGAUCGCCACCCUGGCUUGUCCCAAGUAGCCUGCCCCCAUGGCCGAAUCCCCAUCAUCGCUGUCUCGGCCUCUCUCGUCGAGCAAGAGAAGAACACCUAUGUUGAUGCUGGGUUUGACGGGUGGAUUUUGAAGCCCAUAGACUUCAAGCGACUGGAAAAUCUCCUGCUGGGCAUCAUCAACGAGGACGUCAGAAACGAAUCCCUGUACGUGCCUGGCGAGUGGGAGCGAGGAGGCUGGUUCGGUUGGAGGAGGAGACAAGCGGACGACGCGUCUCAACCGGCUCAGAUUUGAAGCACUCUUCGACGCCGCGAUCCGAUACCGCCACCUUGAUGGUGCGUGGUUCGGUUAGUGGAAUCACAUACCUACCUUGGUAAAUGUAUGGCAAUUGGGAGACGGACUUUGGUGGCAUGAAGCCGGCUUCUUCUCAAUUCCUCGUCAUUCUAAAACCCAUCGCGUCGUAGAUUCUUAAUCUUUACUCCUCAGUACUCACGCUCAAUUCGAAAACCUGUAUUAGCUCUGCCACAACUAGCGUUGCUGGCCGAUUUAGCAACUUUGUACCUUUUUGGUGUAUGGUGCUUUUAAGCGCAUCGAUAUAUUACGAAUGGCUUUGAAGGGAAAUG